UGGAGAACCAACAGAAACGAGAUUGUCGAGCUUGGGUUGCAACCUGCGAGAGAGAGAGAGAGGGAGAGAGAGAGUCGAAGGCUUCAAAGAUUGUAUCUGAUUCUGAGAAGACGAAGGGUUCUCUCUACCUUACCUGUUCCGUUUCAUAUCCAAUUUUAGUGCAUAGAAGAACUGGUACAGAUGGCAGGACUUGUGUCUGGAGAGUUGUCACAUCAUGGAGCAUCUGAUGGAAACUCUUGUAAAAGUUCUAAGGACAAUCAAGACGAUGCAUUAGGUCGAUGGUAUAUGUAUAGGAAAGAAAUAGAGGAAAAUUCCCCAUCAAGAAAAGAUGGAAUUGACUUGAAGAAAGAGACAUACCUGCGCAAGUCGUACUGCACAUUCUUACAGGAUUUAGGCAUGAGACUUAAAGUGCCUCAGGUAACCAUAGCAACAGCCAUAAUCUUUUGUCAUCGGUUCUUUCUUCGACAAUCUCAUGCAAAGAAUGACCGAAGGACCAUUGCAACAGUCUGUAUGUUCCUUGCUGGGAAGGUUGAAGAGACUCCUCGUCCACUAAAGGAUGUUAUUCUUGUUUCUUAUGAAAUCAUUCACAAGAAGGAUCCUGCAGCUGCACAGAGGAUAAAACAGAAGGAAGUAUAUGAGCAGCAGAAAGAAUUAAUUUUACUUGGAGAGAGGGUUGUACUUGCUACAUUAGGUUUUGACCUGAAUGUUCAACAUCCAUAUAAGCCCCUUGUCGAGGCCAUAAAGAAGUUCAAUGUUGCAAAGAAUGCCCUUGCACAAGUUGCGUGGAACUUUGUUAAUGAUGGGCUGAGGACUUCGCUCUGCCUGCAAUUUAAGCCACAUCAUAUUGCAGCAGGCGCCAUUUUUCUUGCUGCCAAGUUCCUGAAAGUGAAGCUUCCAUCAGAUGGUGAGAAGGUUUGGUGGCAAGAGUUUGAUGUCACCCCACGCCAGUUGGAGGAGGUUAGUAAUCAAAUGUUGGAACUCUACGAGCAGAAUAGAAUUCCCCUAUCACAAGGAAGUGAAGUAGAAGGGAGUGCUGGUGGGGGAACAAGAGCUGCUACAAAGGCUCCUGCUGCAAAUGAGGAGCAGGCCUCAAAACAAAUAUCAUCCCAUGCAGCCCCCCACCACUUGUCUGCAGAAAAUAACGUGGUGCUGCUAAGAGGAACCGAAAACCAAAGCAAUGAUGGGAGUGCAGAAAUGGGAAGCGACAUUACUGAUCACAAGAUGGACUUGGAAAUUAGGGAGUCUCAGAACUCAGAACAGUUGCCUCAGAAAGAUAACAAGAGAGAAGGGGAUAAUAGAACUAAAUAUGGGACUGAACGAAUUGUUGCAGGGGACCAAGAUAGAACAGUUGGGACUAAGGAAGCUGCAGAAGUAGGAGGGAGGGAGGAUUCAGCAUUACACAACUCUAGCUGCAAUGUUGGUCGAAAUUUGGAGCUACGGGAAGGGGCACUUGGUCAGUCACCCAAAGAAGCAAUCAAGAUGAUUGACAAGGACAAAGUGAAGGCUGCAUUGGAAAAAAGGAGAAAGGAGCGAGGGGAAAUGGCAUUAAAGAAAGAUGUAAUGGAUGAGGAUGAUCUCAUUGAGAGGGAGCUAGAAGAUGGAGUUGAGUUAGCAGUUGAGGAUGAGAAAAAUAAGCGCGAGAGAAGACAGAACUGGUCUAAGCCUGAUGAUGAAGAUCAUGGUAAGGAUCAUGAGGAAACUAGAGAUGGGAGACAAAUUGGCAUUAAGGUGCAGUUACAGAAAGACAUGGAUGUAGACAAUGCAGAAGAAGGGGAGAUGAUAGACGAUGCUUCAUCCUUGUUGAACAAUCGCAAGAGAAAGAUGGGGAGCCCUCCAGCUAGGCAACCAGAGAUGAAAAAGAGGCUCGAUUCUAGUAAUCACAAUGAUCUUGCUGAAGAAGGUAACGGGAUGGGUAGAGUUGGUCAUGCAGACAGGGAACAAACAAGGGAUGAAGAGGAAAAUCAUUUUUGAGGUGAAUAUUUUACUGUCCUUUGUUUGGUUAUUGUGAUUUGGCUAAUUGGUUGCCAAUGAAUUGAUGAUUCUGGAUGCUCUUGUUUGCUUUAGACAUUUCUUAUUUAAGGAACUGGAUGCCUCAAUUUUGGUAGUGCCAUUAAAAGUUUAUGCUU